CCGCGCUGGCACUCAUGUGGCAGUGUCCAGUUUCAAGUGAGGUGAAGUGCGAAGUAUUGUUGCCCCCCACGGACUCUCUCGCGCCCAUCGCCACGCCUGGAGCUGCGUUUCUGCCAGAUCCCGUUUGCUUGCUCCCCGAAUCUAAGCAGCGACUCUUGCUGCCUUUGUCAUCGCCGUCGCGCGGUGUUUUUUGAGCCGUUUGUGAGGACUUUUGGCGCAGUUGCGCGACUGCGCCUUCGGGGAAGGGUCGCUGCGGAGAUAUGCGGGAUCGUAGAUUGUAAGUGGAUCAGGGAACACCAUCGUCAAUUGGAAGAGUUUCGGAGGCUUCCGCACGAAUUUUGAGGUUGUGUGAAGCCCAGCUACAAUGGUGGUGCUGGCAGCUUCUAUCAUCAGCAAGUCCGGGAAAGCUCUGGUUUCUCGGCAGUAUGUGGACAUGUCCAGGAUACGAAUUGAGGGAUUACUUGCGACAUUCCCGAAGCUUGUUGGUAUCGGGAAGCAACACACAUAUGUCGAGACAGACAAUGUCCGUUAUGUCUAUCAACCAAUGGAGUCCUUGUACCUCCUUCUGGUGACCAACAAGCAGAGCAACAUUUUAGAAGAUCGAGAUACCUUACAACUGCUCUCCAAGCUCGUGCCUGAGUAUGUACCAUCUCUCGACGAGGAGGGCAUCUGCAAGAUGGCUUUCGAGAUAAUAUUUGCUUUUGAUGAAGUUAUUUCUCUAGGUCAUAAAGAGAAUGUCACUAUUGCACAAGUCAAGCAGUAUGUGGAGAUGGAGAGUCAUGAAGAAAGACUGCACAAGCGCAUCAUGGAGAGCAAAAUUAACGAGACAAAAGACUUAAUGAAGCGCAAAGCGAAUGAGAUUGAGAAAAGCAAGAUUGAGAAAGGAAGAGGGGACAAAGGAAACUUUGUUCCUUCCAUGCCUUCAAUGGGAUCCAGCAGGAUUGAUAACGGCUUCGGCGACCCUUCAAUUGAUGGUGGCAUGAGAACCAACUCUUCUGGAUUUGGACCAGGUGUUGAUGCUGAUGUCUUCAAAUCUAAAGCCCGUGUCACCUCCACCUCAGCUCCUUCCAAGGGAGGCAUGCAGUUAGGCAAGUCCACCAAGACAAAUCAGUUCCUGGAAUCUUUGAAGGCCGAGGGUGAGGUCAUUGUUGAAGAUGUUGCCCCUGGACCCGUUAGAUCAGCAGCGGCUAUCGCACCCAUCUAUUCUGAUCCCAUUAUGGUGGGUGUGGAGGAGAAGCUUGUGGUCGUUCUGAAGAAGGACGGCGGUCUCGAGAAUUUGGAAGUACAGGGUAACAUGUCUCUGGUCGUUCAGAAAGAAGAAGAUGCUUACAUUCGGGUUCAGGUUGAAUCAAGCGCGAACAAGUUGUUCAACUUCAAGACACAUCCAAAUAUCGAUAAAAACCUGUAUUCAGACAGUAACAUUCUGGGUCUGAAGGACCCAAGUAGGCCGUUUCCAACUGGCAAUCCACUUGGUAUCUUGAGGUGGCGCAUGCAAAGCAAGCAAGAGUCACUUGUUCCUCUAAGCAUCAAUUGUUGGCCAUCGGUGUCUGGUGGGGAAUCUUACGUUAACAUUGAAUACGAGGCCUCUAGAUCAUUUGAUCUCCAGAAUGUUGUCAUUCAUAUCCCAUUGCCUGCAAUUCGUGAUGUUCCAACUGUGAAUCAAGCGGAUGGUGAAUGGCGAUACGAUUCCAGGAAUUCAUUAUUAGAGUGGACCAUCACGUUGAUUGACAACACCAACAGAAGUGGAUCUAUGGAGUUUGUGGUGCCUGCAGCAGAUCCAAAUUCGUUCUUUCCAAUAGACGUCAAGUUUUCAUCAAACAAAACUUUCUGCGAUUUAAAGGUUGGAUCUGUAGUCCAAACUCAGAAUGGCAAUGCGGUCAAAUUCGGAAGACGGACGCAAUUGUUGGUGGAUAGUUAUCAAGUUGUAUAAAGUUCACGAAUACAUAGAAUGGGUACUGACUUAUCUGCAGUGAACUCUCGAAGAAAGGUAGGCGAUUUUUCUGUUUUCUCUUAAUGAUUUAGAUAGGUGCGGUAGAUUAUGGAGAGCGUCGGUGGAAUACUGGUUUACUUCCUUGAUGUUGUAGUGGAGAGCGAUUGGAUCGUGUGUCUCGGCGCCAUCAACUACUUAGCUCUGGAGGUUACCUUGCAUUUGCUCGAGCUACAGAGAUGAUAGAUUGUAUAACUGAUUUUUUUGGUUAUGAUGUAAAAGUUCGGAAGAUAGAGAGCAUUUGUAUGAUUGAAUCGGGUAGGUGAAUCAUGGCUGGUAAAGUCGUCGAGUAUUUAUCUC